AUGCUGCUCACCAACGUGAGAUCAGAAGCUACCUGUGUCUAAAAAUUAGGAUAGCCAUAAUCAUGUGAUUUAAAAAAAAUCUAUUGAUAAUGUGCCAUUGACUAGGCGGCCAACCAUCCAGGUGCCGCUAACGUUAGGUCGUUAGUUAGCUAGCUAGUUGUUGUCCAAUGUCAAUGAAGGAAUGGCAGGUAGGUAAGUAGAUGGCUAGUUGAGUCAGUUCCUUGCCUCUCAUGGAUGACCAGGGGUGUAAUCAUUACGCCGAUUCUGUUGUAAAAAGUUUCGCAACAGAAACAGUUUACUCGAAACGGAAAACCCAAACGAGAGUUUCUAUUGUACAAAUUCAGGUAGACUCUCCCCGUUUCUUAUAGGUAGACUCUCCCCGUUUCUUAUAGGUAGACUCUCCCCGUUUCUUAUAGGUAGACUCUCCCCGUUUCUUAUAGGUAGACUCUCCCCGUUUCUUAUAGGUAGACUCUCCCCGUUUCUUAUAGGUAGACUCUCCCCGUUUAUUUUGCUUCCGUUUGGUUCUUAAACAGUAAACUGUUUCAGUAAUGAAUACACACCCAUGUGAGGUCCCACUCCCACUGUAACUUAUAGUGACCGUGGUGUGUCAUCCUAUCUGAUCCAACAUUAUAAUGUUAUGUGUGUCCCCCUCCAGAAUGGUGAUGUUAUGUGUCCCCCUCCAGAAUGGUGAUGUUAUGUGUGUCCCCCUCCAGAAUGGUGAUGUUAUGUGUGUCCCCCUCCAGAAUGGUGAUAUUAUGUGUCCCCCUCCAGAAUGGUGAUAUUAUGUGUCCCCCUCCAGAAUGGUGAUAUUAUGUGUCCCCCUCCAGAAUGGUGAUAUUAUGUGUCCCCCUCCAGAAUGGUGAUGUUAUGUGUCCCCCUCCAGAAUGGUGAUGUUAUGUGUCCCCCUCCAGAAUGGUGAUGUUAUGUGUGUCCCCCUCCAGAAUGGUGAUGUUAUGUGUGUCCCCCUCCAGAAUGGUGAUGUUAUGUGUGUCCCCCUCCAGAAUGGUGAUGUUAUGUGUGUCCCCCUCCAGAAUGGUGAUAUUAUGUGUCCCCCUCCAGAAUGGUGAUAUUAUGUGUCCCCCUCCAGAAUGGUGAUAUUAUGUGUGUCCCCCUCCAGAAUGGUGAUAUUAUGUGUCCCCCUCCAGAAUGGUGAUAUUAUGUGUGUCCCCCUCCAGAAUGGUGAUAUUAUGUGUCCCCCUCCAGAAUGGUGAUAUUAUGUGUCCCCCUCCAGAAUGGUGAUAUUAUGUGUGUCCCCCUCCAGAAUGGUGACUGACGUGCAGCUAGCCAUCUUCGCCAACAUGUUGGGUGUGUCUCUGUUCCUGCUGGUGGUUCUAUAUCACUACGUAGCUGUCAACAACCCCAAGAAACUGGAGUAG